AUGAAGACUACAGGAAAAUACGAGCAUUUAAGAAAAGCCGCGGCAGAAGCUAGGCAGCAGACAUUCAAGGUCGACAAGGUCGACGACUACGGACUAGCAUCAGUCCGACAGGUGAAAGCAAUUUCAACUGACGAGGAAGCUGAACGAAAAAGAAACAAAGAAAAACACUUAUCAAUAAUUCAAUGGAUCACCGAAGCAGUUGAUUAUAUAAAAGAGCAACUAGCCGCACACGAACGUUCGAAGAAAAGAUGUAGAAAUGAGGAGGAGACUACGUUGUUAUGGCAUAUGAGUAACAACCAAUUAAGAACAGCAGUAUACAAAGCAGCACAGACACGGACACAUUUGUUCCGCACAAAUGAAAAUUUGCGCUGA